AUGGGGCUCUUGCCCAACCCCGGCGCGCGCCAGGGCAGCAGCGCCUCCUCGGGCGGAGCCGGCCGCUGUCCCCGCUCCGUCUUUGGCAACAUUAAGGUGUUCGUGCUCUGCCACGGCCUCCUGCAGCUCUGCCAGCUCCUGUACAGUGCCUACUUCAAGAGCAGCCUCACCACCAUCGAGAAACGCUUUGGGCUCUCCAGUUCUUCCUCGGGUCUCAUUUCCAGUUUGAACGAGAUCAGCAAUGCCAUCCUCAUCAUCUUCGUCAGCUACUUUGGCAGCCGGGUGCACCGUCCACGACUGAUCGGCAUUGGGGGUCUCCUCCUGGCUGCUGGUGCCUUCGUCCUCACCCUGCCACACUUCCUCUCGGAGCCCUACCAGUACACCUCGGUCAGCGUCGGGAACAGCAGCAGCUUCCAACAUGAUCUCUGUCAGAAGCACUGGCAGGACCUGCCCCCUACUAAGUGCCAAAGCACCAUGCAGGACACUCGGAAGGAGACCAGCAGCAUGUGGAGCCUGAUGGUGAUGGCCCAGCUGCUGGCCGGCAUCGGGACGGUGCCCAUUCAGCCUUUUGGGAUCUCCUAUGUGGAUGACUUUGCAGAACCCAACAACUCACCCCUGUAUAUCUCCAUCUUGUUUGCCAUAGCUGUAUUUGGACCGGCUUUCGGGUACCUGCUGGGCUCUGUCAUGCUGCAGAUCUUUGUGGACUACGGCAGGGUUGACACAGCUGCAGUUAACUUGAGCCCAGGUGACCCUCGAUGGAUUGGAGCCUGGUGGCUGGGCCUGCUCAUUUCUUCAGGCUUCUUGGUUCUCACCUCUUUCCCCUUCUUUUUCUUUCCUCGAACAAUGUCCAGAGGAAAAGAGAGGUCUCCUGCCAUAGUCGAUGAGGCGAGGAAGUUGGAAGAAGCCAGGUCCAGAGGCUCCCUCAUGGAUUUCAUUAAACGGUUCCCCCGCAUCUUCAUGAGGCUCCUGAUGAACCCACUCUUCAUGCUCGUGGUCCUGGCCCAGUGCACCUUCUCCUCCGUCAUCGCCGGACUUUCCACGUUCCUCAACAAGUUCCUGGAGAAGCAGUAUGGCGCUUCCGCGGCCUAUGCCAACUUUCUCAUUGGUGCCGUAAACCUCCCCGCGGCCGCCUUAGGGAUGCUGUUUGGAGGGAUCCUCAUGAAGCGUUUUGUUUUCUCUCUGCAAACCAUCCCCCGUGUGGCUGCCACCAUCAUCACCAUCUCCAUGAUCCUCUGUGCCCCUCUCUUCUUCAUGGGAUGCUCCACCCCCACUGUGGCCGAGGUCUACCCUCCUAGCACAUCAAGUUCUAUACGUCCGCAGCCUCUGGCCUGCCGCAGGGACUGCUCGUGCCCGGAUUCCAUCUUCCAUCCUGUCUGCGGAGACAAUGGGAUUGAAUACAUCUCUCCUUGCCAUGCCGGCUGCAGCGGCAUCAACAUGAGCUCUGUAGGCUCCAAGCAAGUGAUCUAUUUGAACUGCAGCUGCGUGACGGGGGGAUCUGCUUCAGCAAAGACGGGGUCGUGCCCCAUCCCCUGCGCCCACUUCCUGCUCCCGACCAUCUUCCUCAUCUCCUUUGUGGCCCUGAUAGCCUGCGUCUCCCACAACCCCCUCUACAUGAUGGUUCUGCGUGUGGUGAACCAGGAAGAAAAGUCAUUUGCCAUCGGGGUACAGUUCUUGCUGAUGCGCUUGCUGGCCUGGCUGCCGUCUCCAGCCCUCUAUGGCCUCACCAUUGACUACUCCUGCAUCCGGUGGAACUACCAGUGCUCAGGGAGGCGAGGGGCCUGUGUCUACUAUGACAAUGACGCUCUCCGGGACAGCUACCUGGGCCUGCAGGUGGGCUACAAGGCGCUGGGCACGCUGCUGCUCUUCUUCAUCAGCUGGAGGGUAAAGAAGAACAGGGAGUACAAUGUGCAGGAGAAGGCUGCGGGCCUUGUCUGA